AUGCCAAUGAAUAUCGUUCCAAGUCCAGAUUUCAAGUCUGCUGUUGCCACCGAUAAGGGUUGCGAGCACCAAUCGAAUGCAGUAGCAAGUUUACCAGAUGUAUUCCGUGAACAAGUCGGUGCCCGCCCUCUGAACACUCAACUUAAUGACAGACAUCCAUUAGAGUCGCGUGUACGCAACUGGGACGAGACCCAGCACAAAAGGCAAUUGGAACAAUAUAGACAGAUUUUCGGUGUUGCCGAACCAAUGAAGAGGGUCAUGGAACUGAAACUAGUACAAAACACAGACUUCAAUCCUCUAAAUCAAUCCAACUUGCAUAAGGAUGUUUUAAUGAACAAAGAAGCGUCCAUUGACUGGGAGGACGUUUAUCCAACUUCCGAUUUCGCAAGUGGAAUGAUGGUAGCAGACGAUGUACACACCAAGAUAGAAAAGAGAAUGGGGAUUUAA